CUCUCCUCCCACACUAUGUUUAGUCUUGGGCACCCUCACUCUCUCUCUCUCUAGAUUUCUCUGAGUUUGUGGUUUUUUUCUUUUAGCCAUUAAUCUCUUCCUUCCAUUUCUUGUAAUUUAGUGAGAGGAACUCUAUGAUGAGGAAGCCUUGCUGUGAUAAGCAAGACACAAAUAAAGGAGCUUGGUCCAAGCAAGAAGACCAGAAACUCAUGGAUUACAUUCUUAAACAUGGUGAAGGAUGCUGGCGUACCCUCCCUCAGGCUGCAGGUCUACUUCGCUGCGGUAAAAGUUGUAGGCUGAGAUGGAUAAACUAUCUGAGGCCAGACCUUAAAAGAGGCAAUUUUGCUGAAGAUGAAGAAGAUCUCAUUAUCAAGCUUCAUGCACUCCUAGGCAACCGGUGGUCGCUAAUUGCUGGAAGAUUGCCAGGACGUACAGAUAAUGAAGUAAAGAACUACUGGAACUCACACCUCAGAAGAAAGCUGAUAAACAUGGGUAUUGAUCCAAAUAAUCAUCGCUUGAGCCACAAGCUCCCUCGCCCUCCACACAUGACUAAGACAUCCUCCGAUGCAACAACAUUAUCUGGUUUGAAAUUAUCAAGUGGUACUAUUGCUCAAGAACAGCAGCCAGUGAAAUCGCGUGGCGACAUUAAUUGUGAUCAAGUGUCCGACGCUGGAAGUUGCUUGGAGGAAUAUAAUUCGUGUGGCUUGCCGGAUUUAAACCUUGAUCUGACAAUAGGCAAUAUUCCUUUUACUCAGAGUAAUCGUGUCGAAUAGGGAUAGGCCAACAUGCACACGACGAGUCUGGUAUCAAUAAAAACUAGACUUCGUGAUCAAAUCCUCUCCUACCUACGUUUCUUCUGAUCUUUAGAUUUGAGGACGCCAAGUGGGAGAUUACUGAUGCAUGAUUUGAGUCUUACAACAUUAUGUUGUAGUCCACUUCAUGCAUAUACGGUCUAUCGAUCUCUCUCACUCAAAUUAUGUUCUUAAAUUUUAAUUAAGACUUGAAGGAAUUCAAGAUUUGGAUUUAGGGUAUCCCUUUAGGAAUAAGAGUACUGUAGUACACCAUAUAGGUAGAAGCAAGCAUUUGGGGAAAUAAUUAAGUCAGAAUAAUGCGGAAGGACGACGCAGCUACAAAGGAAAUCGAGAUACGCCGGCAAAGAGCACAAAUGCAGCAAGCAGGCUGCAUAUACAGUCAAUCAAGUAGCCCUUCCCUUUGAGAUUACAAGGCAGGCCUGCACGAUGGUCCCGCACAUGGCCGGAGAGAUUGUCUAGCUGUCUGAUUAUUAGUACCGAUGGAAGAGCUUAUUUCUUGUAAAUUAAUUUAAUUGCCCCAAUCAUGUCCAGAUAAUUAAGAUCUAGUCGAUUGGGUGAUGAUCCGCAUGCCUGUAGUAAUUAUAUAUAUAUUACCAGUUUAUUUAA